AUGGCUGCAUCCCAUGUUUGGGUCUCCGAGCUCCAGGCACUCGUGGAGGGUGAUGAGCUAGCACUACCAAGCUCUCAACUGUAUAUUGAAGAAUCCAAAACAUGGGCGGCACAAAGAAAUCUGAAUCCGAAAGUCCUUGUUCGCCCCAAAUCGGUGGAGCGACUCUCACAGGUCCUGGCAUAUUUAAACGACUCUUCGUUGGACUUUGCAGUCAGGUCAGGGGGCGUUGGCUCAAGCUCUGCGAAGGAUGUAUUGAUCAGUCUUGCCGCGUUCAACGGGUUCGAAUUCGACUCUCAUACAGAGACUAUCACCGUCGGCGCUGGCCAGACAUGGGGAGAGGCGGAUCAGAAGCUUGAGAAAGAUGGCCCGGGCUACGCAGCUUUGAGCGCAAGAUGCACCUUUGUCGGGGUUGGCGGCAGCACUAUAGCAGGCGGUAUCUCUUGGGCGUCUUCGGAAUUCGGGCUUGCUUCUGAUCCGCAAAAUCUGCUCGACGCACAGGUCGUCACCAAUGAUGGGCGAGUAUUGUGGGCUUCGAAAGAACCGGAAUUGCUGUGGGCUAUUCGUGGCGGAGGAGGCGGCUUUGCCGGCAGGUUCACCCACACUUUGCGAGUGCACAAAUACACUAGUUCAAUCUACACGGGAAGUAUUAUCUUCCCGAACGACUCGCUCGCGGAACUGGCCAAAGCUGUGUCGGAUUUCACACGCCGAACACGAGAUCCGAAGAUGGCCAUGCAUGUCUUUUGUCUAGAUCUAGCCCAUGCGGCUCUUACCGGUCAAAAUCCUGCUGCGGGCAUCAUGAUCGUAGUCUACGAUGCCAACGGCGAAGCCCAUGGCCGCAGCGACGAAGGCUUCGGCUGGGCAUUGGGAGUUAAGGGUGCAGUGGAUAAGACACGGACCAUGACUUUCGCUAAAGCGAAUCGGCAGCAAGACAACCUCAGAGUGGCUAUGGGCAUGACGAACAGCUGGAUGUCCGGCGCAACGAUUCCCAACCUGGACGAAGAGAUCAUUUUUCGCUCUUGGAAGUGGUUCAACGAACUACUUGCUAAAGAUCCCCGACAGAGCGCUGGGGCAUUCGUAUUGAUCGAGGUCAUGCAGACUCCCGCAUUCUCCUCCAUUUCCUCUCGCCAAGACACCGCCUGGCCGCACACGGCCAACAGACACAUCCUCCAGCUCGGCACCGGCUCGUUUCCGGGCUCCCCCGAGUCCGAUGCUCUGUCGCUCAAGGCCCUCGCGGAAGCGCCUUUCGAGAUCAGCCCGACCCACACCAAGGCGGACUAUAUCCCAAAUUUCAUCAAUUCUUUCAAUGACAUUGAAGCAAUAUUUGGGGAGAAUUACCCCCUCUUAAAGGAGAUCAAGAAGAAGUAUGAUCCGCACGGGAGGCUCGGGGGCCACUUUGCUUGA